GUUCCUCGGAAGUCAGGAAGGACAGUGGUCUCUAGACAGCAACUCGAAGCUACGUCUGUGGCUCCGGAUGCAGUCGUAGCACGAGCCAGCAGCUGGAGAUCCAGAGCCGACGUCCCAGAGUCGUGGGUGAGACACUAGCAUGAGAUGCUGCUACUUGUCCAUGCGCCAAACGUCCUUGCUGCCCGGGGUUUUAGCGGGCCUGCCUCCUCCUUCCUCCUCCUCCUCCUGCUGCUGCCUUCCUGCCUGCCUGCCUACUUGCCUACAUCGGCACCUGAAUCAGUGACCUUCUCUUGACUGCGAAUUCGAUUGCGCUAAAGGUUCAACAGUCUACAGUCGAGUAGAUCAGACGCGCGCGAUGCCAGUCUCGACCCGAAUUUCCUAGACCCAUAUUUCCUCUGUUUCAAGGACCGUAUCUGAGCUCCUGACGUUCACCAGUAUAUGUAGCAGACCGUGGACAGGGAGUGAUAUCUCAGUUCUCAUCACUGCUCUUUCCAAUCAUUCAUUGGCUUGUCUGCCUCCUCCUCCUCCUCCUCCUCAUCCGUGAGAGCUCGAGGCGGCCAGGAGAUCCAGUAAAAAUAUCAUCAAAGGAGCGACUGGUGACGACGUGAAGCUAGUGAAGAGAAGUGAAGUGUAGUUUAGUGUAGUGUUGGUGGGGGUGGUAGUCCUUAUAUCCUGUAGUUAGCUAGUAUAAGAUCAGUGGGCAUAGUGACAGUUGCAAUUCUUUCUCAGCUUUCUUCUGCAGCUACCUUGCAGUGCCUCUCGACGACUGGUCGAUUCAAAGUGUCAAUUCCCCGGUUCACUUCAGGUCAGUCUUAGGUCCAGGUCCACGAGUGUCACUCGUGCUAGUCAUCGCAGCCGGCGGACGAAGAAGGAAGGGAACAUCGAUCAAGCCAGGGACAGGAGGCACAUACUUACUGCUAUUGAGAAAAAAAAUAUUAAGCGAUGACGAUGAUUAUGAUGGUGUGGUGUGAUGUACGGGGUGAGAUUAUGUUCUGAUAGAUAUCGAGUAGAGUAGAUUUUGGUAUAGGGCUAGGAUUUUACAUCUGGACUCGAGAGGCAUCCGAUUCUGUACGUGGGCGAGUGGAGGAAUUCUCGAUUCGAGCUUAAUUCGGGAACAGGAGGCGGGAGAGAGCGGACGACGACACGAGCAGCGCAGGCACGGAUCGAGAGCAGGGCGGGGGAGCCAUGGCGGGCGCCGGGCUGAGUCUGGACUCCAUCGGCAACGAGGCCAACCUGGAGAAAUGCCCGAUGAGCGAGGUGUUCGAUAAGCUGCAGUGCGCGGCGGCGGGGCUGUCGAGCAGCGACGGGGAGGAGAGGCUGAAGAUAUUCGGGUACAACAAGCUGGAGGAGAAGUCCGAGAGCAAGAUACUCAAGUUUCUGGGAUUCAUGUGGAAUCCUCUGUCGUGGGUCAUGGAGUUCGCAGCCAUCAUGGCGAUCGCUCUGGCCAACGGUGACGGUAGGCCCCCGGACUGGCAGGAUUUCGUGGGAAUCAUCGUGCUGCUGAUAAUCAACUCGACCAUCAGCUUCGUCGAGGAGAACAACGCGGGCAACGCCGCCGCCGCGCUGAUGGCCAAGCUCGCGCCCACCUCCAAGGUGCUGCGCGACGGGCGCUGGGCGGAGAUGGACGCGGCCGUGCUGGUGCCGGGCGACAUCAUCAGCAUCAAGCUGGGAGACAUCGUCCCUGCCGACGCCCGGCUGCUCGAGGGCGAUGCGCUCAAAAUCGACCAGUCGGCGCUGACGGGCGAGUCGCUGCCGGCGACCAAAGGGCCCGGCGACUCCGUGUUCUCGGGCUCGACUUGCAAGCAGGGCGAGAUCGAGGCGGUGGUCAUCGCCACGGGCGUGCACUCAUUCUUCGGCAAGGCCGCGCACCUCGUCGACAGCACGAACCAGGAGGGCCACUUCCAGAAGGUGCUCAAGGCAAUCGGGAAUUUCUGCAUCAUCUCCAUCGCCAUCGGCAUGGUGGUCGAGAUUCUCGUCAUGUGGCCCGUGCAGCACAGGACGUACCGCGACGGCAUCGACAAUUUGCUGGUGCUGCUGAUCGGCGGCAUCCCCAUCGCCAUGCCCACCGUGCUGUCAGUGACAAUGGCGAUCGGGGCGCACCGCCUGUCGACGCAGGGCGCCAUCACCAAGCGCAUGACGGCCAUCGAGGAGAUGGCCGGCAUGGACAUUCUGUGCAGCGACAAGACCGGCACGCUGACGCUCAACAAGCUCACGGUGGACGUGAACCUGGUCGAGGUCUUCCAGCCGGGCAUGGACAAGAGCACCGUGAUUCUGAUGGCGGCGCGCGCCGCGCGAACCGAGAACCAGGACGCCAUCGACGCGACCAUCGUCAGCGCGCUGGCGGACCCGAGCAUGGCGCGCGCCGGCAUCCGCGAGCUGCACUUCCUGCCCUUCAACCCGGUGGACAAGCGCACGGCCAUCACCUACAUCGACGACUCGGACGGCAAGAUGUACCGCGCCAGCAAGGGCGCGCCCGAGCAGAUCCUCGAGCUCGCCGACAACCAGCACGAGAUCGCGCCGCGCGUGCACGCCGUCAUCGACAAGUUCGCGGAGCGCGGCCUGCGCUCGCUCGGCGUGGCCGUGCAGGAGGUGCCGGAGGGCCUCAAGGACGCGCCCGGCGGGCCCUGGAGGUUCUGCGGCAUGAUGCCGCUCUUCGACCCGCCGCGACACGACAGCGCCGAGACCAUCCGUCGCGCCAUGGCACUGGGCGUCAGCGUGAAGAUGAUUACCGGCGACCAGCUCGCCAUCGGUAAGGAAACGGGCCGCCGCCUCGGCAUGGGCACCAACAUGUACCCUUCGUCGUCGCUCCUCGCCGCCGACGCGGGCGACGUCGCAGUCGCGGCCAAGGCCAAGGGCUCGGGGCAGUCAGGCGCCGGAAGCGUGGACGACCUGAUCGAGCAGGCCGACGGAUUCGCGGGAGUCUUCCCCGAGCACAAGUACGAGAUCGUGAAGCGGCUGCAGGCGCGCAAGCACAUCGUCGGCAUGACAGGCGACGGUGUGAACGACGCGCCGGCGCUCAAGAAGGCGGACAUCGGAAUCGCGGUGGACGACGCGACGGACGCGGCCCGCAGCGCGUCCGACAUCGUCCUGACGGAGCCCGGGCUGAGCGUGAUCAUCAGCGCCGUGCUGACGAGCCGCGCCAUCUUCCAGCGCAUGAAGAAUUACACCAUCUACGCCGUGUCCAUCACCAUCCGCAUCGUGCUGGGCUUCAUGCUGCUGGCGCUAAUUUGGAAAUUCGACUUCUCGCCUUUCAUGGUGCUGGUGAUCGCAAUUCUGAACGACGGCACGAUCAUGACCAUCGCCAAGGACCGCGUCAAGCCCUCGCCGCUUCCCGACAGCUGGAAGCUGAAGGAGAUCUUCGCCACCGGCAUCUUCCUGGGCUCGUACCUGGCCGUCAUGACGGUGGUCUUCUUCUGGCUCGUGCACGACUCGGACGCCUUCGCCGACCUCUUCGGCGCAGACUCGCUGCGCGACGACCACGGCCGCCUGGUGUCCGCCGUCUACCUGCAGGUGAGCAUCGUCAGCCAGGCGCUCAUCUUCGUCACGCGCUCGCGCAGCUGGUCCUUCAUCGAGCGCCCGGGCUUCCUGCUCGUCACGGCCUUCGUGAUCGCGCAGCUCAUCGCCACCGUUCUGGCCGUGUACGCCAACUGGACCUUCGCCCGCAUCGCGCCGCUCGGCUGGAAGUGGGCCGGCAUCGUCUGGAUCUACAGCGUCGUCACCUACAUUCCGCUCGACGUGAUCAAAUUCGGUAUCCGCGCUGGCCUCGGCAACUGAUCGAUUCGUUCCUCGACCGAUUUGUCGAUUCCCCUCGGUGAGCCUUGAGGUCACCGCUCGGGCGCAGCAAUUGCCCGUCCACAGUUAACAACUCUUUUUAAUGAACAUUCACGCGUAGGCAGGCAUCGAGGAGUAAGCCAGGAGUAGCUCCGUGUACAUACGACGUAAGAAGAUGUAGUCUGCCUUUGCACUCCCGCACGCACGCACCUGCGCGCGAUGGUGCAUGUAGUAACGUAGAGUAGGGUCGGAGUUACAGCACUCUGGUUGUUCGAUGAAUUUGGAGCGGUUCGUCAAGGCAGCAAGAUAUCGAACGCACCAUGCAGUUGAUUUAGAUAGGUAGACAUUACAGUAGAAGCUGCGUAAAUAGUUUGUAGAUAGCCAAGAGCUCUGGCUGUUGAUUCAUAGAUCGAUCGAAUGCCUUCAUUCAUCCAUUCAUUCAUUCAACCCAAUUAGCCAGUCGGCAGCCAAAGCUUUGUAGGUUGGGA